AUGCAGAUGCUGACCAUUCAGGCUGUUUCAUUCUGGACUUUGACCGUGCAGCCUACUUUUCAUUGCAUUGAGGCAGCUCUGAAACACACCGAAAAGAACUCCAAGAUCAUUUGCCAGACUCUGACUGAUGGACUGCUCCUUAACAAGCUCAGUACUUUGGUUUCUCAGCGCACUGUGAUCCUUCUUCUACUGACAGUCUUUUACAGAGGCCAGUCUCAGGGGGCUAGACCUUCUCGAACAAUAGUCACAUUAGUUGGUGAAGACGUUAUCUUGCCGUGCCACCUGGAACCCGCCCUGGAUGUUGUUUCUAAGAGUGUGGAGUGGGGGAGACUUGACCUGGAACCAAGAUUUGUCCAUGUGUGGCAUGAGGGUCAAAACAUUCUCAGUAACCAAAACCCGUCUUACAAAGGAAGAACAUCAGUGUCCAUUGAGAAACUGAAGCAUGGAGACCUUUCACUGACACUGUCUGCAGCCAAACUCUCCGAUAAUGGAAUCUAUAGAUGCUACUUUCCCUCACAGAGUAAAGAAUCUACUGUUGAGCUUAUUGUUGGUUCUGCUCCCUCACCAGUCAUAGCAGGCACUAAAUCAAACAGCAGUGUUGUGGUGUUACAGUGUGAGUCUGCAGGCUGGCAUCCAGAGCCUGAGGUGUUGUGGCUGGACGGUGAGGGAAAGCUCCUCUCUGCUGGACCUACAGAGACAGUCAGAGGUCCUGAUGACCUCUAUACUGUCAGCAGCAGAGUGACUGUGGAGAAGAGACACAGCAACAGCUUCACCUGUAGAGUCCAACAGAGGAACAUCAACCAGAUCAGAGAGAUACAUAUUCAGAUGUCAGCUGAUUGCUUUGAGGCCCCGUCUUGUUCUGCUGCUCGUGUCAGCAUUCUCGUGGUUGUGUUCCUCACUUUUAUUUUUGCAGCGGCCUUUGUCGUGUGGAAAUGGAGACAACACAAAACCAAAGACACAAAGAUGAACCGUGACGCUGAGAGAGCAAAGACAGAGACGGAGCAGCUCAUGGCAGAACGCAAGAAAAUGGAGGAUUUGGAAGAGAAAAAGGCAAAACUUGCAGAAAUGUUACAGAAGAAUGAAGAAGAAGAGAAAGACUUGGAGCGGGUGGUUAAAACACUGAUGGAACAGGAGGAAGUACUGAAAGAACAGAGAGAUCAAGCAGAGCAUCAAAAGAACAACAUGGAGAGAAACAUUACAGAUAUUGAGAACAAGCUUCAGUCAGUGGAGAAGAUGGCAGAGAGUGACCGAUACCAUGAGAUGAAGAGCAUUGUGUUAACGGCCAAAAAUCAGUUGAAGGGUAGGAAACAAGAAGAUCAAAAACUUCACGUGGAAACACAGACACUACUGACUAAAACACAAAGUGUGAUAAAUAGAAUGACAGACAGGAAGAAGGCAGCGGAAAACUACAAGGAGAAAAUCAGUGAGCAGCUGGAGGAGAUAGAGAAACAACAAGAGGAGAUUCAGAGGAAAUUGUAGUUUAGUUCAUAGUUUAUUUGAUAAGGACAUCACAGUAGCAUUAGAAAUGUACAUUUAUGUGACGCUCAGCCUUUAGAAAAUACAUGCACACAAAACAAACAAACAAAAACUAAAUUGUAAAUCCAUUUACAAAAUACAUCCACCAAUACUUUGCCAAAGAUACAGCCACAAAUAAACACAUACAAUACAUCCCCAUAUCCAUACAUAGGAGUACAUCCACACAAAAUACAAAAUACAAAUGUUACUGCAGUAUUUACUGUUGUUUCUCUUCCUAAUCCAAUACCUCUAUUACGAACAUUAAAAUUGGGCUGCACUUACAAUUCAGUUGGUACACUUUCACAGUUUUGCUCCUUGAACAGAAAAGACUGAUUGUCCAAAUGUAAUGCAAACAGUUAGCGUUUGUUGAAGCUGUUGUGUUAACUCUGCUGGUGUGCUGGUGUCUUGUGUCAAAUUCAUGAAGCAGAGAGGGAGCAUGUUCAUGGAGGCAUUUCAAAAUAAGCUUUAAGUUGGAACAGAUUCUGAAACUGUCAGAGCUUAACAUAUUGUGUUUUUUAAAGAUGUGACAAUGGUGCCACCUUAUUUUUUAGUCCAUAUUUUUUAUUGUCUGAAAAACAUUGGUAUGAGGGGUUAUAUAGUUGAUUGUGAGGCUUGUGAUCAGGUGGUGAUGCAGUAUGAUAUAUGUAAGGAUAUCAUGGCAUGCAUACAGAGCUGGGCUGUGCUGAGGGAAAAAUACUGACCUGUAAGUGUAAAAAAGUUUUGAUUUGCUUUAACUUUUUUUUUUUUUUUUUGUUAACUUUUACUUUGAGCUAAUAGAUUACCAACAGACAACAACUAAUCUGAUAAGGCUUUGUUUGUAUGAGUAAUAUGACAUGAGUAAGAAUAAGAGUACUGUAAAACAUCUUCAUGCCAGGUCUAAACAUUGUAAUAAAAUUAUUAAAAUUAUUA